CUGCCCUUCUGCCCUCCGGGCAGGCCGGAUGGACGGACAAGGGGAGGCCGCGGAAAGGGUCGGGGGCUCCGCUCACCCCUUCCCCCGGUCAUCCAUCCCCUGGUAGCUGCCGGGGGCGGGACAGGGACUCCGCCAAGGGAGGGGGCCUCGGUCUGCGGAGCAGGAGCCCGAUGCUGUGCCGGGGGUCGGCGUCCGGGACUCCCUCGAGCCCGGGCCGGAGGGCCCCGGGGGGGGACACGCCGGUAUAGCAGGGAGCUCGGCACGCUGCCGGGGCGCGGGGGGCGCUGGCCUGGUGUCCCUUCCGGGGGCGGUGCCGCGGGCGGCGGCCCCAGUAGGGCUGCAGGGAAGCGCCCGCCCCUGCCACCCCCGGCGCGGUAAGAUGGCGGCCGCGGCUCAGGCGCUGAGCGGCACCGGGCUGCUCCUGGCCGCCGCCGCCCUCGCCCUCCUGGCCGUGGCUAUCGGCACCGACUCCUGGUACGAGACGGACGCGCGGCGGCACCGCGAGCGCUGCCGCGGCUUCGGCCACAAGCGCAGCGACCCGCCCGGCUCCAUGUCGGCGCCCAGCUCGCACCUGCCGCUCCGCGCCCGGCCCCCGCGGGCGCUCCUGCCCGGGCGGCCCCCGGCCCCCGCCCCAGCCGCCGCCGCUUCCGCCGCGCUGGACUCGCACUGCGGCCGCCGCUUCAACUCCACCGUCUCGGGGCUCUGGAGGCGCUGCCACCGCGCGGGCUACGAGCCGGACAGCGAGGAGCUCAUCCGGAAAGGAGUUAUCCAGCGCUGCACUGCUGUGAAGUACCACUACACCUCCAGCUCUCUGCCUCGCAACUUGCCUGUCAACAUCACAAACACAAUCCGGCAGGAUGAGUGGCAUGCGCUCCAUCUGCGGAGGAUGACAGCUGGCUUCAUUGGCAUGGCAGUCUCCAUCAUCCUGUUUGGGUGGAUCAUUGGUGUGCUGGGCUGCUGCAAACAGCAGGAGCUUAUGCAGUACGUGGCUGGGCUGCUCUUCCUAAUGGGAGGUACAUGCUGUAUCAUCUCACUCUGCACAUGCGUAGCUGGGAUCAAUUUUGAGUUAUCUCGCUAUCCUCGCUACGUUUAUGGGCUGCCAGAGGACAUCAGUCAUGGCUAUGGCUGGUCCAUGUUCUGUGCCUGGGGAGGGCUGGGCCUCACCCUGCUGGCUGGGUUCCUCUGCACAUUGGCCCCAUCACUCAACACUUCCCGAGCAUCCGUACAAAAACCCAGACAAGAAAACGGGGCCGUGUGACCCUGGAGGAAGUGAGGAGAGACUCUGGAAAGUGCAGCCUGGGCAGAGCUGUGGGUUAACACCAGGAAGAGGUGGCAUGUCGGCACGUGGAGAGCAGUGCCAUAGCUGUUGAAACACCAGCCUCUGGGAUGCUGCUACAGCCUCCAGUCGCAGACAUGGACAUUGCAAGUAACUCCAGGUUUGAAUUAUGGGCAACUUGAUCAUUGAUGGUUUAAGGGGGACAGUUCUUUCAAUUUGUUUUUUUUCUGUUUACAAGGGAUUAAGUCCAAGGCUGUGUCUUUUUUUGUGCUGUUUUUUGAACUGUACCUCCAUGGUCCUGUUAUUGUCCAGUUGUAAGGGAUGUUUACGCACCAACUCUAUUGCUGCAGGUCUGUGUAAUUCAGACCCAAAUUAGGGCAAGGAGCUAAGUGAAGUUGGCUUGAACACUUUUGCAACAGGCAUGUCUAGUGUUGGCUCAGGCCAUCCUUUCCCAAAAGAACCUUGAUCUAAGCCGAGGUUUAGGCCAAAGAAUUAGCCCAUUCUUAGUAUUAAUUCAUUUAAAUCAGAAACCUGUGCUAUUCUUUGCUGUGGUAUCAUCUAUUUACUCACUACUAAAGCUGUUUUGAAAAGGAGCCAGCUGUAACUGAGCGGCAAGACUCCAAGAAAACUCUUACUGGCUUUAGGAAAGGAGGGGAAAGUUUUUCUCAGCUUCUUACACAGGUAAGGUUACUUAUUUGGCUAACUAACAUACCCUUUUUUUAAGGGGGAGAUGUAUGCAACAUGCAGCUUAUAACUGUUCCACUAGAGGCCAGGGUAUGUUUCUCAAAAUAUGUCACAGUUUGAGCUGCCAGGAUCAACCUUCACCCUCUAACUAUCUUGUGGGUGCACUCCUGUUCUGUGAAAGGAGAUGAGUAAUUCUCCCCAAGCUCAAGUAACAGUACUGCUAAAAUAGCAGAUGUACAGCCCCCUCUAAUACUAACGUCCAAAGGAACCGCAAUGUACUUUCCUCAGGAACGUGUGGCUUCUGCUCACUUCUCCACUCACCCUUUCUAAUGUCAAAUGCCUCCUGAGCAGUGUGUCAAGAACACGCAUGUUCUGCUGGAACAAGAUCCCCCUCCAAAAUGACACUAAGGACCUUGGUACCAGCAGAAGUACUAGGGCUAACUCAGGAACAUCAGCCAAAGUACUUUGGGGUGCAUUUUUCUUUUGUUCAUUGAUUUUUUUUCCCCCUCACAUCCCUGCCCCUCUCCCAAGCGUCCAAAAACUGCACAGGUAAAGAUGAGAUGGCCAGCAUUUGGAAAUGUUUACAUUGUAUUUAAAAUACAAUACAGUGGCAUGUAAGAUACUUAAUGCUAAAGUCAGUGUAUUUAUGAGAAGUGUAAUUUUUAAAUGGAAGUUGUAAUUCUCAACUGGCAUUAAAAGUACUGAAAGACUUG